AUGUCCAAGCAAAUAAAAAGUGAUUUAGCUAAACUAAAUCCGAGAACAGUAACUCCGGAUUUUGGUGGGUCAAUUGGUGCAUUUGGCCUAUCAGUGGGGUUACCAAUACUAGCCAUUGUAUUAAAUCUACUAAUUCGUCAAGAUUAUCACUUGGAUGGCAUGUUUUUCCAAAAUUUCGACAUUAAUCAACUAAUUAUUGGAUUUUCUCAAUUAAUACAUCAUUUUAAGGAAAAUUUUAACCAACUAAUAACAUUCUAUUUGUUAUGGUUUACCAUUUUAGCAAUUUUGGAUAUUUUAUUACCAGGCAAAAUGAUGGAUGGGACUUUAAUGAGAGAUAAUACAAGAUUGGUUUAUAAGAUCAAUGGCUUAACAAUGACGAUUACAUUAGCCCUAGUAUUAAUCUUACGUUGGCAAUUAACUGAAGGUCAAAUGCCUGAAUUCCAAUGGUUAUAUGCUAAUCAUACUUCUUUAUGUAUAAUUGCUGUAUUAUGGGCAUUCGUAGUGGCUACAUUUUGCUAUAUUUUUUCAUUUGUUCCACCUAUUUUAGGUUCUAAAGAUUAUAAAUUACUAGCUGUUGGUGGUAAUUCAGGUAAUGUAAUUUCAGAUUGGUUCUUAGGUAGAGAAUUAAAUCCUAGAAUUGGUCCACUUGAUGUUAAAAUGUUCUGUGAAUUACGUCCUGGUAUGCUACUAUGGCUAUUGAUAGAUUUAUCAUGUCUUCAUCACGUUUAUUUAGAAAGUGGGAAAAUUCAUGAUGCUUUAUUAUUGAUUACUCUUUUGCAAAGUUGGUAUGUGAUUGAUGGUGUUAUUAAUGAAGCUGGUGUCAUCUCAAUGGUGGAUAUUACUACUGAUGGAUUCGGUUUCAUGUUAGCCUUUGGUGAUUUGGCUUUAGUUCCAUUUACUUAUACUUUACAGGCAAGAUAUUUAAGUGUUGCCGAUUUUGAUACAACAACAUUAGGCUCGAUCAAAUGUGGUAUUGUAAUUUUAAUGGCAAUGUUUGGUUAUUACAUUUUCCAUGCGUCUAAUUACCAAAAAGCGGAUUUCAAGGCAGGAAAAUUAUCACAUUUGAAAAGUAUAUCUACACAUACAAACACUAAAUUAUUAUGUGAUGGUUGGUGGAAAGUCUCACAACAUAUUAAUUACUUUGGUGAUUGGAUUAUGGCAUUUUCUUGGUGUCUAACAACUUGGAAUCAUUCUUUAUUGACUUAUUAUUACAUAUUUUAUUUUGCUGGUUUGUUAAUCCAUAGACAAAAUAGGGAUGAAAUUAAAUGUAGUAAGAAAUAUGGUAAUGCUUGGAAAACUUAUGUUUCAAAAGUACCAUAUAAAAUUGUUCCUUAUAUAUAUUAA